CUGACUGAAUAGCACAUCUCCUAAUACGAGCCAGGAUCUAUAUGCCUCCCUGAAACGCCAUUCCUAUGAGACUCUGGAAGCCGAGCUUGAAAGCCAAACCUUUCGGACAGAGGACGCAGUCUCUCCAAGUACCGGUUCCGCCCCUUUUCCAUGUAGUGUGUCCUCCACAAAAUCUGUCAUACGGCACUACCAAACAGACGUAGGCCCUGAACCAGCGCUCACUGCAAAGUUAGAGGUUUUGCAAACCGCCGAUGUAAUUGAUGCUGAUCAAGGGCGAUCAAUAUGGGUGGGCGUCGAAUUACAUGCGAUUCUGACGCACCAUGAUGACCUGAUCCGCUGUGGAGCUAACCUCGACGUGGUUCUGGUUAUUGACGACUCGUAAGGCCCUACAAAGCAGCGAUGGCACAUGACUGACGCUAUUAGACUUGCAUCGUCACAGCAAUGGCUAAAUAUGGUGCAAAAACUCGCCAUUUCCAUCGCAGGCCAUUUGAAUAGGCUGGGGGACAGGAUCGCGGUGCUUCACUCUGCCUGUUCCUUCGAACAGUCCGACGAAAAUGACGGGGACUGCGAUUUGUACGCUCUCGAUCAUCCCAAUGUUCCAGCCCUAAAGAAAAUCCUUUCGUCUCCCGCACAAUGUCGGCGCUACUCGAACAACUGUCCGAACGACCCGUGCGAGCAUUUUAAUUCCGCGGUCAAAAAGGUAUCAGAAUGUCUUGCAGUGCCACCCAGGGUGCCUAGCUCCCAAUUUCAGGCCUUUAUCUUCAGUCGAACUCCGAUGAAAUAUUGGUCCGCAAUGAGACGGUUAGCGCCAUCCGCAAUCCACGUGGUCCUGCCGCCCGGAUCUCCUUGCGAUGUGCCCCACAGCCGUCCGAGCGGGUGGAACAUCGUUCCCACGUGCGCCGAUAUGGCGAGUUUGACGGAUGCAUGCGGGCCAGGAUGCACGGAAACCGGUUCGAGGAUUUCGGAUAUAAUGAGUCUUGCGAGAGCGGGUGUCACCUUGGAAAAAAUCACAGACGUCUCCAUCUGUGCGAGAGCGGGCGAUGGCUGCCAGGAGCAACGUGUGGUUGGCAACACGUCACUUCGUGUCUUGCGUCCGGGCCAAGUUGCGCGUCUGUUUAUGCAAAUCCGAGUGCCGGCGUUGGAACAUUGUCUUCAUUCACGUGAGCACCAUCGAAAGAAUCCCGCCGAUGGUGCUUUCCACGACUUAGAAACGUUGCUGGGAGAUAUCUACACCGACGUCUUGAAUGUCGAAGUAUCAUUUCGACAUUCUCUUUUCCCCAACAAGAGUCGGGUUGUGAUUCGUGAGGACGCAAGAGUCCGGAGACCAGACAAUACGUCGUUUUGGGCGAAUUCGGACGCUGCCGCCUUGUCGUAUUCGAACUCGGCCCGAAUUGGAAGGAAACAGGCCAUUGAAUCUCUUGCAUCGUUGUUCGCAGAGUCUUACUCUCCGGGCAAGGCGCUGUCUGAUAUUGAUGAGCUACUCAUUGAGAUGGACUACGACUCAUCGCCGAACGACAGCAUGGGUCGUCUACGCGAUGAACUCGAUUAUCGAUAUCGAGUCGAACACAAGCUCCCGAUUCCCGAGUUAUCCAUCCACGAGCGAAGUCUUCACAGUGUCCCUUCAUAUACCGAAGUGCUCUCGAUCGACUCGCAAGAGCUCCUUCGUCUGUCUCCCAGUGUCAAGUCCGUCCCCUCCGUAGGCAGAAGCGGAUCACGCUGCACGAUCGUGCAUAAUAUCUCUCACAAGAGCAGCCACGAGGGCUCAACGACGCGUCUUACUCCCGACCGCGCACGCGUGAUCUGGCGACACAUGCGCAAGGACUCCCGGGGGAAAAGUCCGGUGAAUGUUAAGCAUUUGCGCCGAAGGAGCAAGGACAACCUUAAGAGCCUGGGUGGAGCGAAUAGCAUGAUGUUGAGGCUGAAGAGGAAGGCGUUGCUGAACAAGCGGAGUAUUGGUGCGGACUCAUUGAGGAGCAUGGCGUUUGAUAUUGCUGAAGAAAGCCGGUUCGAACGCGACUAUGCACCCUGGAUGCUAUGAGUCUCGCCGGAGGUGGUAAUAAUGGUUGACUCGUUUAUAAAUAUAUGGAUAUCAGAUAUACACAUCAAUUCCCGGACCUAUUCACCCCGAGCUAAUA